CCCACCCAGAAACAGCAAGCUAAGCUAAGUCCAACCUCUCUUUCCUCUCCUUCCUUCUUUUGUCAUUGUGGAGUAAUAAUUAUAUAUAACAACACCAACAAUAUUACAAUGCCACAACCAAGACUCAGGCGGGGCAUUAUGGUCUUUUCGCCGGCAGUGCUCUUCUUCUUCCUCUUUUUCUUCGUCCUCCUCGCAAAGGAAACGGAAAGCAAGAAAGGCGGCGGGGGAGGAGAUGGAGGGAGAGUGCUCGGCGUGAACCUGACCCAAGUAGAGCACUCAGAACAGAUGUUCAUGAAAUGGGUGCUCUUCGUGGGCAGCCUGAAGCACUCUCUCUUCAAGGCCGCCGCCAUGAACAGGCUCUUCCCAGCCAUUGUCCUCACGGUGGACAACAACCUUGCCCGUGGCGGCGGCGGCGACUUCGCGUCCAUUCAGGAGGCCGUCGACUCCCUCCCCUUCAUUAAUUUUCUCCGCGUCGUCAUCAAUGUCCAUGCAGGCGUUUAUACGGAGAAAGUGACAAUACCACCAACAAAAUCAUUUAUCACAAUUCAAGGGGCCGGGGCGGAGUGUACGGUGGUGCAGUGGGGUGACACGGCCCAAACAAUUGGCCCAAAUGGGAGGCCUCUUGGUACCUAUGGCUCUGCAACUUUUGCCGUUAACUCUCCCUUCUUCAUAGCCAAAAACAUCACUUUCAAGAAUACGACGCCGGUGCCGCCGCCGGGAGCAAUAGGGAAGCAGGCGGUGGCGUUUAGGAUAUCGGCGGACACGGCGGCGUUCGUGGGGUGCAGAUUUUUGGGGGCGCAGGACACGCUGUAUGACCACAUUGGGAGGCAUUACUACAAAGAUUGUUAUAUUGAAGGCUCCGUUGACUUCAUUUUUGGGAAUGGCCUUUCUCUCUUUGAGAGUAGUCAUGUACAUGCAAUAGCACGAGUGACAGGAGCAUUGACAGCACAAGGGAGAGCAAGCCUGCUGGAGGACACUGGGUUUUCAUUUGUGAACUGUAAGGUCACUGGGUCUGGGGCAUUGUACCUUGGAAGGGCAUGGGGUCCCUUUUCUAGGGUUGUCUUUGCCUACACUUACAUGGACAACAUCAUCAUCCCCAAAGGUUGGCACAAUUGGGGUGACCCUAACCGUGAAAUGACGGUAUUUUAUGGGCAGUACAAGUGCAGUGGGCCAGGGUCAAAUUAUGCAGGAAGAGUUUCAUGGUGUAGAGAGCUAACAGACGAGGAAGCUAAGCCUUUUAUUUCACUUAGUUUCAUUGAUGGCUCUGAAUGGCUCAGACUCUAAUCCAUCCAUUUACUAUACAUACAACCACAUUAAAAUUUAUUUACACGUACACACAUUCCGCUGUGCCGGUGAAGACCGGACCGGGACCAAAUCGUGAUCCAUCUCCGGCCUGCCCUUCUUGCUGACCAUGCUCUGAAUAUGCCGAUCGAGGGCUAGCUUUCCAAUCAAUGUGCUGAUGGAGAAAUCCGGGACAUCGUCGCCGUCCUGCCCUUCUUGCUCAACUUGAGAUGAAUUGGCUGAAGUCGAGAUCACUCUGCCGGUGGUGAGAUCUCCAGCAUGCCCUUGUUGCUAACCUUGCUCCGAAGAGGUGAGAUCUACAGCAAUCUCACCUUCCCCGU